AUGUUUAGGUCAUGCAUUUCCAGUAUUAUUUUAUAUGUAUUUCUAACAGACCUAAUUUUGGUAUCAAGCAUAACACAGAAUGUUUUAGAAUUUGAAAACAGUGAAAAAAUUUUGGAAGCAAUAAAUGAUUCAAUUAAUUAUAGAAUCCAAAAUUUGAAAGGAAAAGACGAAAAACCAUGGUUUUCAAGUCGUGACACUGCUCUGUCUUACUGUGUCAGACCUGGAAAAUGUGAAAAACUGGAAUAUAACAUGUGUUUUAAUGCCAAAAUACCAUAUUCUUAUACAAGUUUAGAUUUAACAUAUUCUGUUAGUCAACAACAAUCGUGGGACCAAUUGCAGCAAUAUCAAACAUUGAUUCAUAUACCAAAAUGUUGGGCUGUUAUCCAGCCUUUCCUAUGUGCAACUUAUUUUCCCAAAUGUGAAAACAUUAGCAAUACAGAAAUUGUUUAUAUUCCUUCUCUGGAAAUGUGCAAAAUAAUAAUGGAGCCUUGUAGGCUCGUGUACAACACAACCUUUUUUCCUGACUUUUUAAAGUGCAACCCAUCAUUAUAUUCUUCCUCCUGUAAGAAUGAUGUAAGGGAUAUGAAAUUCAACAUCACAGGCCAAUGUUUACCACCACUAGUUAAAACUGAUUCAAUUAAACAUUUUUAUGAUGGUAUUGAUGGAUGUGGGCUUCAAUGUAAUGAUGCUUUAUACACAGUGAAUGAGCAUCAACAGAUUCAUAAAUUAAUAGCUUGGGGUGCCACAAUUUGCUUGCUUUGCAAUAUGUUUACCAUUUUAACAUUUUUAAUUGAUUGGCAAAAUGCUAAUAAAUAUCCAGCACUCGUAAUCUUUUAUAUAAAUUGUUGGUUCUUGAUUUCAUGUUUAGGGUUUAUUGCACAAUUUAUACCUGGAGCUCGUGAAGAUAUUGUUUGCCGUAAAGAUGGCACUUUAAGACAAUCAGAACCUAGUGCAGGGGAGAAUCUGUCUUGUGUCGUUGUAUUUGUAGUGGUAUAUUAUAGUCUGAUUGCUGCAAUGGUCUGGUUUGUCAUAUUUACUUAUGUAUGGCAUAUAAGUUUUCAGGCGAUAGGUAAAAUUCAAGAGCGCAUUGAUAAAAAAGGAGCAUAUUUCCACUUAAUAGCUUGUUCAUUACCACUUGUUCUGACAAUAACUACAAUGGCUUUAAGUGAAAUUGAUGGUAAUAGCAUUGUAGGAAUUUGUUUUCUUGGUUACAAAAAUCACUCUAUUCGCGCUGGAUUGCUGCUAGGACCUAUAUGUGGAGUAAUAAUUGUUGGAGGAUAUUUUCUCAGUCGAGGGUUUUUAACAUUGAUAACCUUAAAGAUCACAAGUAAAGAUAUUAUAUCUGCCCGAGCAAGCAAAAAAAUUCGAGAGACUAUUGCCAGAAUGGGACUAUGUUGUUUACUAAUGGUGGUCUUGAUUAUUGGAACAUUCUCUUGCCAUAUCAAUGAAUUUCAAAGUACACAAGCCUGGGCAAGUGAUCUGAAGAAUUAUAUUAUUUGUCUCAUCAUGUAUAAAUAUGACACUUCAAAUUCUGCUGAAUCAUGCCGCUUAACCAGUAGACCCAGUGUAGCAUUAUUACAACUACAUUUAUUAUGCUGGUUUGCAACAGGAAUUAUAAUGUCAUCUUGGGUUUGGACUAAAUCAUCAGCUGAGGCUUGGAAAAGAUAUAUUAGAAAAAAAUUUGAUUGUGAAAUCGAAGAACCAUUGAAACUUCAAAAGCAUAAAGUUAUAGCUCAAGCAUUUGCAAAGAGAAAGGAAUUUCAUGAUGCUGGCAGGCUUUCAAUAACCUUUCAUAAUACACAUACUGAUCCCUUGGGUUUAAAUUUUGAAUUAAAUUCUGUUGCAAGCCAUGACUUUAGCUCUACAUGGGCUAAUAAUUUACCAAGAUUUGUAAAUCGACGAUGCGCCUUAACAUGUCCAAAUACUGGAUCUGCAUCAUCUAGUCAUUGUGGAAAUCACAGAAGAAAUUCCUUAGAUUCUGAAAUAAGCUUUAGCGUGCGUCAUGUUUCUGUUGAAUCUCGAAGAAAUUCACUUGAUAGUCAGAUAUCAUUCAAAAUUGCGGAAAUGAAGACGAAAGUUGCAAGUCGAAGAUGCUCCAAAGGAAAACGCAUAAGAAAACGUGAUUUUUUCAGUAAGAGGAGUAACAGAAACAGUUCAGUUGUCAUGCGUCGAGAAAGUUCAACUAGUUUAGAAACUCAAAUUGGUGCACAAAUUAUUAAAGUUUUAAAUGCUGAUCAUAAUUCAAGACCAAGCCUUAAGAGACGAACUGGAAAUGCUGGAUUAGAUUCAGAUAAUAUAAAUAGUUUAUUGUGUGAUGGCAAAUUAGUUUUGCCUUUUCUGCACAAUCAGGGAUUAACAACAAGUGAUGAUGAAUGCCAUUCAGUUGCUUCAUUAACUAUUAAAGACAGUCGUUUGGAUGUUGUUUUAAGGCGGAAAUCUCACAUUUCGAGUGAUGAUAAUUUAAAUCAAGUCAGCAUCAAUAUUGAAGAAUACCACAGUAGUGAUGAUAAAUGUUCUAAAAAUUAUGAAAAAAGUGAUCCUGCCAAUGAAAAAUGUAUAAUGAGUAGUUCUCAUAAAGAUCGAAAAGAGAAAGAAGGAAAAAUUACUAAAAGUACUUCAAAGUAUAUUAGAAAUAAAAAAUUAAUAAACCUUAGAAAGAACAGAAAGAGUUUGAAUGAUAAGGUUUCACGUUCUAAUAAACCAAUAGAGAGUGAAAGUGGUGCUGAUCAUGAUCUAUGUGAAUCUAGAGCACCUAAGUCUAUAAAAAAAUCAAGUUCUAUUUCAUCAUCAGAUUCGUACUGUUCAGAACUUUCGCCAUUAGCUGUUCAGAGUUCUUUUUCUGGUAUAUCUGUGGGUAAAACAAACUCUAGAAACAGUAAGUUAAGUUGUGAUGUAGGUAUUCAAGCAAAUGCUCAUGAAAUUGCCACACAAACUAUGUCUUCCUAUGAAAGAAACAAUGGAUCACAUACAGAAAUAAUAUAUAAGUCAGUUGAAGAUUUACAUGGAUCUCUAGAGAUAAUUAGUAAAGAUGAAGCUUCAAAAUACUCUCAUACAAAGAAGUCAAAUAAUAGAAAAAAUAGUGUUAAUGUUGAAAGUGAAUCAGAAUGUACUCAUUUAUUGUUACCAUCGACAAAACCUGUUAUAGUGCAAAAAAAGAAGCAUGAUACCAUUUCAAAUAUUGGACAAAGUGAAACUGACAAAUUAAAACUUUUGUUAUUGCCUGCUAAAUAA